GAAUGUUUGAAUAUGGUGGGUUGAAAUUAUAGCGAUGAAUUCCUACCCUGUCCUUCUUUUUCUUUCCCUUUUAAUCUUCCAGGGUAACCAAAAUAUAGGAGGUAAGUACUGUACACUUUGAUGGUCUGGUUGUUUUAUCCUACGGUAGUAUCCAAAACCGGUACCGACACGAAAGAUUACAGGUACAUGGACUGAUCCACACGCAUGGAGGAACCUAAACAUGUCUUGUAUCAAAGCUUUCUUUGACAAUGGAAUUCUGUCGUCGAGUUUUGAUUUCCGAUCGAGAUUUUUUCAAAAUUUAUUUUCAGGGUCUUUUGAAACUUAAUUUUGCUAAAGAAUUGUGUUUUCUUGAAGUAUUCAGGAAACAAGUGAUGUUUGAUGGCGAUCUGUUCGAAGCGAAACGGGCGCGAGUUGGCUGUUUACAUUUACAUUAUUCAUUGGAAACUUUUUCAGCUUGAAUUUGAUUUACACACCAGAGGAUAUUUGGGUAUUUUGUCAAAAAAUGCCUUACACAUUCAUUUUGCGUAUACUUUUCUCCUUGCUGUAGACAAUAUAUUUUUUUUCUCGACACGUCUUUUUUCCGUGUUAAUUCCACGGUCCACUGAAUCGAAAAAUAUUAAAAUUUCAGCAAUCAAGUAGCGCACGGUCCGUUAAGAUUUUUUGUGAUCCUUUAACCAGCUACGAGAAUUCUGCAAUUGAAGGGAAUGGCUUAAAGUGAAGAAUGGUUUGAACCUGGACUUUUUCCGUCGCCUUUUCUAAUAUUCUUUCGCGAAAAGAAAGCGAAGUUCAAACAUGGCGAGAGUCUUCGUCACAAAAACAGAUGACAGUUAUUUUGUUUUAGAGCAAUCUCCUCCUAAAGACGAUUCUGUGACGCCUUUUAGUAAAGAAAGUGACUGCUGUAGAGAACCUACUCAGUCCUUGGAUUACGUGUCGCCGAACCUUUUCUAGACCCGAGUUGAUGUGGUAUUUCAUGCAUUUUGUUAAAUGUAAUGAUCUCGAACCGGUUGUUUGUCGUUUUGAUAACGAAUGAUCUUGAUUAUUUCUAGGUGUGGAACAUGACAUAGUAGAUGUCACAGACGGCCUUGAAUUGCAGAAAGUUUUCGAUCAGUCUAACAGAAGACAGAUACCGACAGAGGCCACUUUAUCAAGUGCCGAGGAAAAAGAUUUGUUAGUAAGUGGUCGGGUUGCGGGAGUAGAGGACUCAAGUUCUAAUGCUGAGGACGGAAAAUCGAAGAGCGAUGUUGUGAGUGAAUCAACGGACUACUCAACGAAAGUAUUUAAAUCCGUCAGCGAUGAUGUGCAAUCAGGGAAGCUAUCGAACAACAAGGAGCGGUUAACCCCGGAAAAUGACAGAGGGAGCCGAAACCUGCAUGAUAUCAGGUUGAAUAGAAAUUAUGAACUGAAGGGGCGAUUAAAUAUUGAUUCGGAUGGACUUGCAGAUCAAAAUCAAGCCACAAGGGACAGAGUUGCCAAAGUCGACAAAAUUAAGUUGGCUGAACCUGCAAAAGUUGGUGAAGCAGCUCAAUUGGAAUCUUUGAACGCAGGGACACCUUUCACUGCUGUUCCAGCUUCGAACUCCUCAUCUAUGCCGCCACAACCCUACAUCCUGAAAGUGAAGAACACGCCAGCCAGAGCUGAGUUAGACGACAUUUAUUUUUUAUGUGAGUAUUUUCCUGCUAUAUUUUACCACGCCGAAAUCAAAUUAUUUCCCCUCAGUACAUUUUCAACGGGAGCUAGUUUUUCCUAAAUGGAAAAUCACAAUAUUUGACACAGUGGGCGGAACUAGAUGGGCAUGUACUCUAUUUUAAUGUUGUUUUCGGUUUUUCAGUAUAUCAGGUAAAAAAUUAAUGGCUUCCAAUAUAUCAAUUAAACUAAAAUACGACUAAUAUUGAGGGAAAUUUCGUGAACUCCAUGUUUUUUUCUGUCAAAAUGUUUCAUCGAAAAUGUUUCAGAAUUUUGUGGAUGUUUUCCGAGACCAAUGACUAUUCCGUUUAUUUUUUAUUUUGGUGGUGUAGCUGAAACUUAUCUGAUGAACGUGUCUUCCUUCUUUACAAAUACGAAUUGUUCUCUCUUUAACGCUGAAAUUACAUUUCGUUUCCUCGUGAACUCUGUGACCUGGACAUAGAUUGUAAUUCCCUUCCUCUUUUUAAACAUUAUUUCCUCUCCAUUGUUAGUGGUAUUACGACAGCCUUCUUUAGGGCACUAUUUUUCUACUCUGUGGGGCACAGUUUAUAUUUAGAAAUUAAGUGUUCCAUGUUUUGAUUUUCUGGUGGAAAAUAGUUCGUUUUUGAGUUCGUGUUAAAAAACAGACUGUGAAAUACUUCCGACAAAAGCAAGAUCGAGGGCUUUUCAGAGUGAGGACUGUAUUCCGUCACUAUCUUCCUUGUUACGUCGUUUCGUGGUCGCCUUUCAGCGACAGUGACGUUACUCGAUAUUAUGUCUUCUUCUUUUAGACAUGUUACAAUUUUGAGGCCUUUUUUGAUGCAACAUGAAUCACCAAUAUGUUGGCUGUCAAGCUGUUUUGGUCUCUGAUUCUCAGAUUUCUGUGACACUGAUUUAGGUAUAUAAUGGUUAUUGUAAAAUUUGUAGGAUUUAUUAAAGAAGAAAUUUACAUCUGAGAGCUAAGAUUCCUUGAGGAAGUAAACAUUUACUUUACCAUGAUCAUAUUUCAGGAAAUAGUUGUGUAAGGAAAUAGCAAGGCUGUGACAAGCUACAUCCAUCAAAAGUCAUGAGGUUAAUAGGGUAAAAGGAAUUCAAUUUGGGUGAAAGAGACAUACUUUUUAAAUGCCAUUGCAGAAAAUGAAAGAAGAUUGAAAUAAUUUUGAAUUAAUGACAAAGAGAAGUAAACUUUGAACGUCAGUAUUGUUAAAUACUAAAUUGGAACAUUAGGAUAUUAUUUUCCUUGAUGUACAGAUAAGGUAAAUGAGGAUGCUAACAAAUUCUACAAAAUUUCAUCCUUUCUUCCUAAUUUAAGCAGACGUUUUCAUUUUGCAAGUUGAGUGUGAAAAAAUAUGGUGCAGGGGUGUUAAAUUGUGUCAACAUAUGGCCAGGACAUAUUGUUGUAAACUGUAUCCAUAAAUAUAUAUUUAUAUAAACAGAGAUUUCACUCGAGAAAUGUUUAGAUUUAAUACUGGUUGAAUUAUUAAUGCUUUGUGGAGAAGCUAUGCAACAUUAAUAAUCUUUCUUGUAUUGAUUUCAUUGUGUUAAACCCCUUUCUUGUUAUAAAUAUCUACUUUUUUUUUUUGUUAAACAAUAGUGCAUGUUAAUGCUUUCCUUUUAAAUUUGCAUGGAACUGUUUGUUUACCAAGAAAGAUUAGCAGUUAGGAUGGGUGAUAUAAAUCAAAAGUUUGUGGAGGGUUUGACAUAUUGAACACACAUUUGGAAGCCUUAAUUUGGUUGUAAUGAGUUUUGUUAGAAUGCAUAGUUUUUGUUCAUUCUAAAAAAAAUAAAACAUCUUUCUUUAUUUCUCUACCGAGCUCAAAACUUACCAUUUCUCUUAUUUCCAUCUACAAACAUUAGGCUAUCAACAUUGCUGAUCCUAGCAGUAUGUAGGGUGUGUGUCAUAUGAACUUCAGAAUAGACCUCGCUCACUGUGGAGUCUCUGUGGCUCAGUGGUAGAGUGCUGAAGCACAGAAUCUGAAGGUCUGCGGUUCAAUUCCUCAUGGGGACUCAAAGCUUUUUCUUUGUCCCACACUUGUGACAAGAUGAAAAACAUCUUUCUUUAUUUCUUUACUGCGCUCAAUAACUUACCAUUUCUAUUAUUUCCAUCUACAAACAUAAUGCUAUCGACAUUGCUGAUCUUGACUGAUUGAAUGGAAUUGUUUUGAAUGGAAGGAUAUUUAACCCCAUCAGUGGUAGAGUGCUGAAGCACAGAAUCUGAAGCUGCGGUUAACCUUGACUCAAAGCUUUUUCUUUGUCACACCAUAGAACCAUGCUAUUUUUUAGCAAGAUCUUGAGGAGAAAAGAAGAAUUAAACCAUAGAACCAUUAACCCUUUUCACCCUUUUUUUUUCAUUUUAGUUAUAGUUAUUGGUUGUAGUGUGGCUGGCAUUGCAGGACUAGCACUAGCAGGAUACUGUUGGUACAAGUAAGUGAAAUCAAAUCAUGUUAUUGUCAUUCAUAUUUUUUUUUCCUUUUGAAUAUGGAAAUUGCAGGAUUCAGUCUUUCUCAUGGGUUGAUAGUAGUCCUGAAAGGAGUUAAUGUCAGACUGUUAUCUUUAAAUUUAGACAAUGAGUCUGAUGAGUAAGGUUGAUAACACUUGAAGGAAGGUUGCCAUCUAACAGAAGAGUCAAGUGAAGAUUUGAUUUUUAGUUGAAUGGUGUAAGCCUGUGUAUUUGAAUUUCGUUUUGUGUGUUUGUGCAUGUCUGUGGUAUGGUAUUUAUUUAUUUAAAUACUUUCAUUGGUUUGUCAACUGUUAAAAAAUCUUUUUGUCUAGAAACUAACUAUUUUCAGCAGAUGUCUAAUGCUUGCCUUGCCGAUUGCCCAACCCACCAUUAGACAAAUGUAACUUACAUGUAACCAAAGCUUCAGAACUUUUGAGCAGGAUUUUUAAUAUGCUGCAUGAAAUUUUGCAUUUGUGAAUUAUCAAUUACUGUUUAUUUCCACAAUCAGCAUUCAAUGAGUCCAAACUAACCUACCAGUUUUCAUGAACCUUACUUGUAACAUUCAGCUUUCAAACAAUUUUUCAUUUGACGCUGGUAUGACAUGUAUGCAUGGUUUCCAUGGGUUUAAAGUGUGUGUGUUACAAAACUUUUUUCAGGACACAUGAAUUGAGUGCAUAUAUAUAUGUAUAUGUGUGUGGGUGUGUAUUAAGCUGCAGUUUUGAGCCUUUUAUGAUAUUAUUUUUUUUCAUAAGGCUCCACACGACUGCAAAAGCUGUAAGUGAAGCAGAAUAUUCAAGUUAUGGUGCAACAAAACAGGGUGGUCAAGUGUCCCAGGUAUAACUCUUUCCAGAGCUAAAAUAACUGGUUGCAAAGGAUUCUUUAUUUUAAGGAUUCAAAAACAGUGAAACUUUAUUAAGCAGAACCCAUGUUAAAAUGCACCCUGUAUUACAUAACCCAUAUUUACCAUAAAAGAAAUGUUUCAGGGGUAGACUUCUGUUUGAAAUAAAGAUGGACAUUAAAUUGAGCUCUUGUCUUACUCAAAACCCACAUAAAAUGAACACUACAAGAGAUUUUGUUAUUGUUGUUUCUAUAAUUGUUUUUGAUGUUUGGAAAACUGAACAACUUUAAAAACACGUUGUUAAACUCAUCAUUUGUUUUUCUCAAUGUAGUAGGGCAAGAUACAUAACAGAGCCAGAUUUGUUGAUAAAUAGUUGUUAAAGCUUAAUCACAUGUGCAGUCAAACAUUUUUCCAGUUGAAAAUGAACUUGCACUGUUAUACUAACUGCCUGUCAUGUAUAUUCCUUUAGGGUGACCAUAAACUUGAUUACAGUGCGGAAAUAUAUCAUUACCAACAGACAAAGAGUCAGCUUUCAGCCCUGGAAAAGUAUGUUGUUAUACUCAAUUUGAUAUCAGUACUUUCACCUUAUUAAUUAUUGAUAAUACUCUGUGAACUAAUUAUUUAAGCACCACACACAUUUGAUACAGUGGUAAUGGCUUUUAUUAAAGGCACUGAAUUUUUUAAUUAGAUCAAAGAACAUGCCUCACUAGCUGAAAAAAUUAUUUAUGAUGUCAUGCAACAAUAUCAGCAUCACAAAAGUCUUUAAUUGUUUAAGAGUAGGACAUUCAUUGAUUGGAGAGGUGUUUGCUGUAGUUAAUACUUAUGGAUGGUAGAGAUGAAUGGUUUGGAGAACCUACUUGUAUAUUUAAGAGAAGAAUAUUGAACUGUUAGAGGAGUUCUUUGUUUUAGAGUUUCGUGGUCCAGGGUGUGAAAUUAAUUUUUUUUCCUGAUAGCCACUUGGCUCCUAAAUUUUUCAAAGUGGUAGCCAAUUCAAAAAAAGUUCGUCACCAUUUUUAAAGACAAACAAAACCCUUUUUUACACUGUCAGCUCUAGACAGACCCUCCAAAAUUAAGUUAGGAAAAAGAUCUUUAACAUGCUACAAAGUGGACACUAGGAUGGAUGAUAUACAACGUUCAAGCUCACCUAAACCAAAGAUUGCAUCUAGUUAUCAACCAAGAUGCAUGUGUUAUGUUUUGGACAUAAAGUUAAUGAGGAAGUUUGCUGUGGAUUUAUCUUUGCAAAUCUUUUUAAUUCACGAUAUCUCUAGGCAAGGUUAUGAUGAAGCAUUCUAGUUGCCAAUUUGGCAACUAAUUUGCAGGAUUUGGUCACCAAAGUGAAAAAUUUAGUUGCAUUGGUGCCUGUAUUUGGUGGAAUUUCAUGCCCUGUGGUCUGAAAUGAUUUCAUUUGGGUUACAAGUUUGUGUUUGUGAAAGGUGGGCUUCAGGUUUAUGGUAGACUUUUGAUCAGUUAAUGAUAAACUAGUGAGCAGCUUUGUGUGAACUGGAAUAAUGAAAACUUAUCUUGUUCUCCCAUGUGUUUCAUCUGAUAUUAGCAGACUUUGUCAGGAAGUCUUUACAAGUAGUAAAAAUUAGCUUGUUUGUAUACACAUAGUAAAUACAGUGUCAAUUUUCAACCUUUAUGUGUAGUGAGAUGCAAGCAGAAAGUAUCCACAAGGUGUUACAAAGAUGUUUUACUUGCGUGACAUUUUUUGGAUGUUACAUGUGCAAGCAGUAACGUGUUUGGAGGUCACAGUUUAAUACUAUUUUGGUUUGUGCUGUACUGCUCACUAGUUUAUCAUUUUAGAAAAAAUAAGUCCAGUCCUUUGUAGUGAUAGCUUUAUUCCUUAUAGUUUAGUAAAUUACCCCUGAGUCUGAAGGAGUGCUGUCAGGGGAAUGAAAUCUUAACAAUGACCCAAGAGUUUCUAAAAACAAUGAUUUUGACAUGUUUAUCCUCUAUUCUUAAUGUCACUUCCAAUGACAGGUCAUUGUUUUUAUUUCCUUUUUUUUUUAAUCAGAGCUAGUGGUGUGAAGGGUGGCAUCAAAGGGGAAACUCUUGAUGAUGAUGAUAACAGUGACGAAGGAGAUGAUGAGGAUUAUACUGUGUAUGAGUGUCAUGGGCUGGCUCCGGUAAGAUUACACUGACAGUGUUACAUAGUGACCUACAUGUACUCAGAUUAGAGAAUAAAGCCAUCAACAGUCGAGUAUUUCUUUUUAAAACUGAAGGAUUAUCCCUGAAAGGAGAUACAAUGCUUAAUUGUUAAGAUAACAUUUUUAAAAUUAGGAAGCUUUGUAACAGAUAUUGGUCAUAAUUUAUAAAUUCCAAUUAAAUAAUUCAGUUUAAAAGCUAAUCAUUUUAAACAGGCUGAGGAGAGAGUAGCUUUUGUAACGCAAACAGGUAGUGGUGUGUCAAACAUUUUAUCAUAGUAGGGCAAGCUUUAAAUCUAAACAGUGCUACAGAAAAGGAAAUUUAUGAGUUUUUUUCAACUUUUGUUUUCAGACUGGUGAUAUGACAGUUGUUAACCCCUUGUUCAGUGAUCAAGAGGUAGUUGGAAGUGAUCAAGAUGGAAAUGGUGACAAGAGUGGAGCCAGUGGUCAGGGAUCUCCUGUGGUCCCGCGCCAUACAUUCACAGAGUCUUAAAUUAAUAUUAUAGCUAAUAACAAAUAUUAGUGCCACAGAGUUUAAGUUGUUUUAUUUUUCUGACCAGUGGUGGGAAUGUUUGUUAUAUAUGUCAUUUGUUUUGGGUCCUAAAAUUAUGUACCAGGGUGCAUCUUCAUGUUUCUUUUUUGAAAAUAAUAUUUUCCAUGUGUUUUAAAAACGACUGGUUUUCAAUAUGAAAUAAGAUAUCCUUCUAAAACUAUAAUUGUAUUCAUAAACAACUGUCUUUUGUAGUUUGGGUAUCUUCAGUUUCAAAGGGACUUUAUAUUUCUUAAAAUGUUGAUGCACCCCUAGAUUAAAUUUGCUUUUGGUGAAACCCAAGGAGUGAUGGUAGGUGACGUGAAUAAUAUCAUGGAGAAAAGUUUUAUACAAAAAAAAUUAUCGAAAAUUUCAAAUUAUAAUUUUUAUAUCUGGGUCUUUGGUACAAAAUUUCUGUUAAUCAUUAUAAAUUAUUUCACAUUUACCAAAUUGUAAAUAGUUAAUAAUAUCACUCUGGUGUUAAAGUUGCAAACCAGAUGAUCAGUGUUGGUGAUUGUAAUAAUGGUUUUACCAUUAAAAUAUCUUGUAUUCAUAUAUAAAAUGAUAGCAAUUAUUAUUAUUGGUAAAUUUUGAUUGUUGUGGAAAAGUGUGUUGUGUUACUUGAGGGACUGGUUGAUUAAAGUUGGUAACUAACAUAACCUUGUACUUCCACAAUAUAUUGGUUGGGCAAGAGUCAUUUGACAAGUCUGUAGAGAUGGUAAUUUCAUCUAUUAUAAUUAUUUUAAUAUUAAAUGAGACUUAAUGUUAAAAACUUCUAACAGGUAAUUGCAGUCUUUGCAACAAGGAUAUAAGUCCAUCAACCGUUUAAGAUUUUGAACGAUUUUAAAGGAAGUUUUAAAAUUAUGCAUAAGAGCCAUUUGGUGAGUCAUGUUAGCUCUUGAGGGUGGCUAAGCAGUAAUCUACACAGUUAUUAUUAAUGUUAUUACUAUAAUAAUUAUUUUUUUUUUGGUAGUAGUGUUAUUUUUCUCAACAUAGUCACUUGACAUCUAUGUAGAGAACUAAUUUUAGGAAAUCAACUAUCUUUACAGACUUUUGUAUGGAAACUAAUUAUAGCAAUUUAAUUUGUAAAUGACACCUUUGAGCAAAUUGAGAGCUUGGUUACACAGCACAGAUAACAUAACUUUGCUGUUGUUCUUUGCAAGAAAAUAAUUAGGUUGUGUCAGGGAUACUCUGUGUAGCUAUCUUGGUACCUAGUAAAAUGUCUGAUAAUCAAUCUUUAACAUGAAUUCAAAGGUAUUUUUGUGGCAUACAAAUCUUCGUGCAGAAAUUGUUUCAUCGUUUGCAAAAGUAGAAAAUACAGAAGAAGUAACAAAUUCUGUGAGUUAGAGGAACAAGAACAUUAAGAUGGCUUAAAUGGUUUGGGAAUAAGAGACUUACAAAUUUAGGAACUCUGAUUCAUCAUAUAUUUCUUGUAUGACUCGUAGGUUUUUCAGUCGUUGCCACUACAGUAUUAAUUGUUAAAUUUUUCUCAGUAACUGUCUACAAGACAAGUAUAUUGUAAGGAGGUGGUGUUUAUACAUCACAUUCUUACAAUGAGUAAUAUUGAAGUUAACGGUAAUAACUUUAUUCAUAGGAACAGAAGAUUGAGUUGUUCCUCAGGAUACUGGUAUAUAUUUAUAUUUAAGGAAUACAAGACAAUCUAAGGUCAAUAAUAUUUGCCUGAUUGUUAAAAUAUUCUUGAAAGCUCUUGGGGUUAAGUUUUCUACAUGCUAUUCUUUGACCCAUUCGUAGUAGCUCAGUAAAAAGAGCUGUGUAACCAAGCUCCAUGAGUAUGUGUGACUUCUAGAGAUGUAGGGACACGGGUGGCUAAGAAUACACUAAAUAAUUCUGUAAACCCAUAAACUAUAAACAUAGCUUCCAUGGAUCUGUGAAUGUUCUUAGUAUGGGUGAGUCCAUAUCCUUGUGUAUUGCUUCCAUAGAGGGCUGCACUAUCACCACUGGAAAACAAGUUGUGAAUCAUUGAUAGUCUAGGUUCUAGAUUGGGUGGCUCAAAAAGUUUUCUGAUUUUCACCAUUCCCACCUGUUGGGUCGAGGUUACCAUUACUUCAAGUUUUCUUUCGUUAUCUUUUUGGCAUGGUAUCUAAAAAUGCUCCAAUAUUUCUGAACCCAUCCUGAUGUUUUCUUGGAGAUGGUUACCGUAGAAAUAUUUAAGUAUUAAAGAAAGCAGAAGCGACCAAUUACUUG